UCACAAAGAAUCAGCUGACCUUACUAAGUAUUAAUUAGUGUAAACAAGUAUUUGAUUUAAAUAUUGUUCGUAUUAAAUUUAAAGAUUAAGAGAUUAAAAGAAAUUAAUUUAGAGAUUUACUAUUUAAUUGUCGUUUUGUUUUUAUUAUGACUACGAAUCUGGUAGUUAGUGGAAAUAAUGGUAUGAGAAUUCCCGUUAAAGUCAAUCCUAAUAUGUCCAUUCUCAAUGUACUGGAAUUAGCAUGUACUAAAAUGAAAGUUGAUUACAAUAAUUAUGAUUUAAAGUAUCACAACAAAAUAUUAGAUUCUACUAGUAUCUUAAGGUUUUCUAAUAUUGCUAAUAAUGCUAUAUUAGAACUAGUACCUACUACAAAAUCUAAACUAAAAAGCAUUGUUGUUAUAUGGCUUCAGUUAGAAGAUGGUUUGAGAUUAUCUGGAGAAUUCACACCAGACCAAAAUUUAUGGGAAGUUGUUCAGUCAAUAUUGAAAGAUAAAGUAAUUAAUUAUGAGAGUCCUACUAUAAUUUAUACUAGAAUAGAAAUUAUUGGUAAAGAUAAACUACAAAAUAAAACACUUAAAGAUUUGGGUCUUAUAAAUGGAAAAGCUUUAUUGAGAUUUCUUAACAAAAAAGAAUUAGUAGAACAAGCUCAUGUGUAUGUUCCUGCAGAGAGAAAACCAAAAAUUGAAGAAAAAUAUAAUAUCCUUGAAAAUUCUUCAAUUAAUCAGUUGAGCAAUAUUCCCGAAUUAAAACAACAACUUUUUGAAAAAAAUGAAGGUUGCACAAAUUUUGAAGUAUUAAAAGAACAACAAUUUUUAAAAAAAGAUAUAAUUGAAAAAUCUGUCGUUGAUAAUACACAUGUAAAAAAUGAGGAGGCUGUAACCAAACUUAGUAAUGAAGAUCUUAAUAAUUUUAAAGCAUCUAUUAAAUAUUUGGACGAAAGAGAAACUCUACUAUUUAAUAUUAUGGAUGGAACUUCUGUAAUUUAUAAAGAUGAAGAAGAUGAUUUUUUUGAACCAACUAUAAGAGAUGUAACUCUUGUUUUCCGAGAUUUAAAAAACUACAGAUCUCAACUAGAUGAUGGACAAUUAUGUACAAAUGCAAUGAAAGAAUUAGAAAAAACUCAAAAUCAAUUAAAUAUAUUACACAAGUACAAAAAGUGUAUUGUAAGAAUACAUUUUCCUGAUCGAUUAGUGCUGCAAAGUGUAUUUAAGCCUACAGAUAGUAUUGGAGAUGUUACUAACUUUAUCAGAAAAUAUUUGAUAAAUGAAUCAAUGGAUUUCCAUCUUUUUACUGCUCCGCCUAAAACUAUUUUAAAAGAAAAGAAAACUCUUUUAGAAUAUAAAUGUGUGCCUUCAGCAAUGAUUCAUUUUUCAAGUGAAAUAGAAGGUGGUUAUUUAAAGCCAGGUGUUUUAGAAAAUAUUGUGUCAGCUAAUCAAGCAUCAAUUGCAGCUUAUCUAGUGAGCAAAGAAAGGAAAAAUAAUGAAAUAAACACAAACACGGAAAACAUUGGAAUAAUUCAGGAUCCACAUGAUAGAAGACAUGUUAAAGAAGAACAGAAAAUUAAACCUAAAUGGUUUAAAUUUAAAUAAAAAUUAUUUAUCAUAUUCUAAUAAAUUAUAAGCAUAUUCGAUUUUAUUUUAUUUUAUUGUUAUUGUGUGUAAUAAAUAACUGCAUUUGAUAAUUAUUAUUAUAAUAUAAAAACAUAUCUUUCUUUAA